GGAGGACCUGGAGCACCGCCGUCUGGUGCCUCUGUGACGCUGUGUUGUGUCCGGCAGGUGGGUGUAAGCUGAAGUGCAUGAUGAACCUCACCUGCCAGGCGGUGACGGUGGUGCCUGAUGCCAGGAGGGUCACCUGCCUCUUCCUGUUCUCCCCCGCCCACGUCUCCCACGGUGUGUUGACCUCCAACAACACCACCACCACCUACUACAGGAACACAAGCGAGAAAGACAAGACAGCAGCAACCACAAACACCAGCACCACUCCACUUAUCACCAUCCAAACUACCACCAACUCAUUUACCACCACCCCAAGCACUACCAUCCAAGUUGCCACCGCUCCACCAGACGUGGGGACCAGAGGGGGUGUUGGUGGCUACCAGGGUGACCAAAUUCCCCGACGAGAUAACGUGGGAGGACGGCACGAAGCUGACUGAUACGGAUUUGGCCACGGACACCUCUCUCUCUUGAACACCACGUACAAGUUGAAGGACUGUGUUAGACUGAUUGUUGGGAUAUUAAGGGACGCCUAUUGUAAAACGAAUGAAGGAAGGUUCACUCUCUGUCACAAGUGAAA